AUGUCUAGCCAGGAAAACACUCUAUUAGGAAGUACUACAUCAAUGGGCCACAUACGAUCGUCGUCAGUGUCCCUACUAGCAGAAGUAAAUCCAAAUUCCAUUUCUAACGAUGAAGACGAUAUAAGUAAAGUGCAAAUAUAUUCAGACCUCUGUUCAUAUGAACAGAAACUAGCGAACUUGGUUAAUUCAGUAGAUAAAUUUAAGCCUGAUAUGAAUGCUGCACGCGAACUUAUAGAGGUGGAUAGACACCUUUUUCAAACGUUAGAUUCAUUUGAAGAAUAUGAUAAGAUUGAUAACUCGUUAAAGAAAUUGAAUGCUGAAUCUAUAGAAUUGGAUGCAAGGACUAAGGAAAUAUUGGGUAUUUUAAAUGAAUGCCAUGACGAAUUGAAUGCGUUACCUAUGUUAAAACAGGUAGAAUUUGAAAUGGAGACGAUCUUGCAGCAACGAUCUAAAAUCAACUCUUCAGUUUUGUUAGACUACGCAACAAAACUGUCCAAAUUUACCAAGAUUCCUCCCACUUUUGAUAAGGGUUCUAUUGGCCCAAACAAUUUUAUAUGGCCCGCAGAAGAUGCUCUUAGAAGAGGUAUGUUAGCUUUGGCAUCUCUUCAUGCUGACGAAUUGACCAAGGCACCUGGUGCCCACGAAGGCGAAGAAGAACUAAUACCGAAAGGAUCAGAGCCCAUAGCGCAGGAGGAACCCGUUACUACUAGAAGAGAAUCUUUCACCUUUUCAGGAAAGACUGAUAAAAAGGAGAGCAAGAAGGAAAAGAAAUCUGUUGAAGAAGAGGAACCUGAAGAUGUUGAUUUGGAUCUUGAUUUGGAUUUAUUUAAUCCAGAGGAAUUCUGA